AUGGUCUUCGGCUUCGGUCACGCGCCCUGCGGCGUCUUCGGCCAGUCCAUUUCUCAUCAUCCCAACAGCAACAGCAACAGCAACAACAACAACAACUACCGCAGAAACACCCACGUCUGCGGGCUCUACUACCUCGACACGACCCAGAACUUCCCAAGCCGCGGAAGCCACUCAUACCCGCGCCGCUAUCUCCCGAUGCUGUCCCAGUCCGUCCACGCCCGCAUCGUCGCCUCGGCCUCGCGGUCCACCCUCACCCAGACCUUCGUGAACCCUUCUGCCGACGCGCCCAUCCCCGAGCUCCGCUACACCUUCCCGCUGUACGACGGCGUCUCGGUCGUCGCCUUCACCUGCACCGUCAACAAGGACCGCGUCAUCCGCGGCGUCGUCCAGGAGACGAACACGGCCCGCCGGACGUACGACAACGCCGUCGCCAAGGGUCAGACCGCCGGCAUCCUCGAGCAGCUGCCGGACGCGAGCGACGUCUUCACCUCCAGCGUCGCCAACGUGCCGCCGGGCGCCGAGGUCGCCGUCGAGAUCGAGUACCUCGGCGAGCUGAAGCACGACGCCGGGGUCGACGGCAUCAGGCUUACCAUCCCGACCUCCAUCGCCCCGCGCUACGGCGCAUACCCGGGCACCCUGCUCGACAAGCCCGCCAACGUGUCCGCGGCCCAGGACGGCAUCACCAUCGUCGUCGACGCCGAGGUGCCGGCCGGCAGCGUCAUCAAGUCGAUCCAGUCGCCCUCACACCCCAUCGCCGUCUCGGUCGGCUCGACCUCGACUACCAAGGCCGACGCCGCGCCGUCUCUCCAGCUGGCGUCCGCCACGCUCUCGCUCGGCACCGCGCGGCUCGACAGGGACUUUAUCGUCCAGGUCAUCGCGACGAACACGUCGAACCCGGUCGCCGUCCUCGAGACGCACCCGACCAUCCCGCACCAGCAGGCCCUCAUGGCGACGCUGGUGCCGCGGUUCAAGAUGCCCGCCACCACCAAGCCCGAGGUCGUCUUCAUCUGCGACCGCUCCGGCUCGAUGCAGGGCGCCAGGAUGACGGACCUCCGGGACGCGCUCCGUGUGUUCCUCAAGUCCCUGCCCGUCGGCGCCAUGUUCAACAUCUGCAGCUUCGGCUCGGAGCACUCGUUCCUGUUCGACAAGUCGGUGACGUACGACCAGAACACGCUCGAGGCCGCCAUGCGGCACGUCGACACCUUCGCGGCCAACUUUGGCGGCACCGAGAUCCGCCAGCCCAUCGAGCAGACCUUCCGGCGCCGCCACGUCGACCUCGACCUCGAGGUGUUUCUGCUGACGGACGGCGAGGUCUGGGGCGAGCAGGGGCUCUUCGGCCUCGUCGGCGACCACGUGCGGGAGUCCAAGGGCGCCAUCCGCCUCUUCACCCUCGGCGUCGGCCGGGACGUCAGCCACUCCCUCAUCGAGGGCCUCGCCCGCGCCGGCAACGGCUUCUCGCAGUGCGUCUCCCACAAGGAGAAGAUGACGGGCAAGGUGGUGCGCAUGCUCAAGGGCGCCCUCACGCCCCACGUCACCGACUACACCCUGGAGCUCAAGUACGCCGACGCCGGGUCGGAGACGGAGCCCGAGGACGACUUUGACAUCGUCUCGACUGAUGAUCUGCUCAAGCCCCUCGAUCGGGGAGUCGUCCUUCCCCCCGUCGAGCCGAAGAAGCCCAUUUCGCUCUUUGACGCCGCCGCCUCGGAUGGGGAAGACGCGGUCAUGCAUGACGUCGCCGAUGACGGCACCGGGACGGAUCGCUUCUCGCACAUCCCCGCCGUCAAGCCGCCCAAGGUGCUCCAGGCGCCCUUCCAGAUCUCGCCCUUCUUCCCCCACAGCCGCAACAGCGUCUACCUCCUCCUCUCGCCCGACCGCGAGCUGAGGGACAAGACGCCCGAGUCCCUCGUCCUCCGCGGCACGUCCACCCAGGGGCCGCUGGAGCUCCGCAUCCCCAUCGCGGUCCUCCCGGACAAGGGCGAGACGAUCCACCAGCUGGCGGCCCGCAAGGCCGUCCAGGAGCUCGAGGAGGGCCGCGGCUGGAUCUACCACGCCAAGAGCGGCAAGGACGGCCGGCUCCUCAGCGAGGCCCACCCGGGCCGGUUCCCCGGCAUGGUGGAGCGGGAGGCCGUCCGGCUCGGCGUGCAGUUCCAGGUCGGCGGCAAGUGGUGCUCCUUCGUCGCCGUCGACGACCAGGACAACGAGGUCAGCGUCGAGGAUCGAGAGCUGGCCGCGGACAGGGUCCGAGGCCACACCGAGAAGAGGUCGUCCUCCAAGUCGAGGUCGUGCUCCAAGGUGUCCAUGGCGUCGUCAAUCUACUUUGAUUCCCCGCCCGCCGAUCACUCGGCACCCAUCCCUUUGUGCAGAAAAGGCACGCCCCCCAAGAAAAUGGAGACUCGGACGCCUCCGCCUUUGUCGUGGACACCGGUGAUGUUCGGCUCCUCGGCGCUGCAGUCGAACUCGACUUCGGCUUUCGGCUUGAUGAGCUACACUCCGCCGUCCGGAGGAGGCCUUUUCAGCGGCCCAAGUACGGGGGGAGGCCUGCUCGGCGGCCCAAGUACGCCAAGUACGGGGGGAGGCCUUUUCAGCGGCCCAAGUACGGGGGGAGGCCUGUUCGGCGGCCCAAGUACGCCAAGUACGGGGGGAGGCCUGUUCAGCAGCCCAAGUACGGGGAGAGGCCUGUUCAGCGGCCCAAGUACGGGGGGAGGCCUUUUCAGCGGCCCAAGUACGGGGGGAGGCGUCUCCGCCUCGGCCGCCGUCCCUGACGCCUCGGCUCUGUCGGGCGCGGAACACUUUCGCAGUUUUGCGGUCAGUGAUCCCAUCCGCCCCAUCGCCAUGCAGCAGAAUACCGCUGCAGCUGAUGACGGCGUCGAGUGUGAGGAGUCCUCGAGCCCCAAGCCGGCCCCUCCUCCUCCUCCCGCUCCCGCUCCCGCUCCCGCGGCCGCCUCUUUCCAGCCCGCUACCGCGUCCACGAUCGAUAGGUUUGAGGCCAUUGUCUCGGCGCAGCACUCCAGCGGCUUCUGGACGUACUCGGACGGGCUGAUGAGCCUCCUCGGCGUGUCUGACCGGGACCUCCGGUCCGCGGUGGUCGACGCGGUCGGAAAUCGGUUCAGCCCGGUCCUGAUGUCGACUGUCGCUGUCGUCGCUUUCCUGCGGAAGAACCUGGCGCACGAGCGGGACAGUUGGGAGAUGAUGGAGGAGAAGGCCAUGGCCUGGCUUAACGCCGAGCUGGGAGAUAAGACUGGGGAUGUCAUGGAUGCGGUAAAGCGCCUCUUCUGA